AUGGCAGAGCUACCAUAUGAAAUUCUUUCGCAGAUUGCUGUUAACUUAUCAACAACGGACAAAUGUUCUUGUGCCCUAACCUGCAAGGCAUGGAGAUAUCCGUUUCAAGAGGCCCUGUGGAGAAAUAUACAGAUUGAUACCUGUCAACGAGCGAAAGAACUUAUUGAAAUGAUCAAAACUUCCCAAAAUGUAUCCACAUUACAUUGUCUAUGGGUUCACAGUUUACGCACACCUAAUUUUAGUUAUCCAUUAGAAGUACCAGAGAUACAUUUUUUUGGAUUAUUCAAACAUCUGCCAAACUUGAAGCGCUUGGAUCUAGGGAGUAACGACUAUAGAAAUGUCUAUACAGAGAUAACAAGAUCAGAUGCAGUAUGGAAGUCUUUGGAAAGUUUGAAGAUACACUUGCGUGCAACUAAAGACAAACAGUCAGCAAAAGACCUAUUUGAAUUCAUAAACACGUGUAGCAUGCUCCAAAAAUUGGAAAUACACAGAGUAGAGCAAGGGUUUCACACGGAAUUUAGUGUUGUUGACUUUGACAAAAUGCACCAAAACUUGCAAAAACUAUCUUCUAUUGACGCUGAAAUAUAUCUCAAUAUCGACUUUUCGUCUAUAUUGGACACAAUCCCAAAUACGACACCGGCUUUUGCUGUCACGACCCUGGAUAUAUAUUCGAUAGCAUACGAAUGCCAUAGCAUUUACUAUAAUAGAGAUUGGAAUAAAUGGAAUCCUUUGUGGCUGUACUAUUUUGGAUACAAGUAUCCGAACUUGCGCUCUCUAAAGCUAAACGCCACACAAGUACGUACUGACAAUAUGAACUCGGGCCAGAAGCUGGCAAUGAUAUCUCUUUUUCAAUCCAAUCCAAAUGCAUUUCGGCACCUGGAAACAUUCAACUUUACGAUCGACGAGUAUUUUGUGUUUGGCGACUUUGUUUUAUGGGAAUUGUUUUAUGCAUUAAAAGUCCCUCUGAAGCAUUUGGAAUUAGACGGAACACAUUGCGAUGAAGUAGACCGUUCGUAUCCGAUUGACAUCGACAGAAUUUUACGGUCAUUUUCUGAAACACUCGAAAGUCUUUCGCUUACAGGGUUUAUAUAUAGCGAUAAUGACGAAAAUUCGAUUCUCGAAUUAUCCUCUUACUAUCCGGUUUUGACAAAUAUUUGCAUCAAUAGCGACGGAUCUUCUCUUAACCUUGGUAAUCUAUUGGACAGAUGUGUGGCACUCAAACAACUGAAAUUUGGUGCUGGAUAUUUGAGCAUUGAUCCAGAAACGACAACCGAGGAGUCAGCGCAGCAGAAACAGGAGCAGCAUUAUCAGCAUGGAUUGCAGAUUUUAAUCUUGCACGAGUGCGCUGUAACCACUGAAUUAUUAAAUUACUUUUCUUUCAGGUGUAGAAGUUUGGAAUAUAUGACCUUGGAUAAUGUGUUCAUCGAGGGAUCUAUCUGUGAAAAAACAGGAUGCAUGCUACUCGAUAUGACACAUACUAGCCUAAAGACUUUGAACAUCGGCCUGCUCCAAUACGGCACAUCGGACGAAGUAACGGGCCCAAAUCAUACUAUUGAUCUGACACUUGUGUCUCAAUUAUCAGACGAAAAGAACGAAACAGAAAAAAAGGAAAUGGAUUCAAAGUGGCCUAUAAUAGGAAUUAACCAUAUUGGGUGGUUCCAUACAUAUAGUAUCUGGAAUUAUUGUGGGCGUGCUUACAUAUACACUAUGAAGCUUACAGAAAAAGGAUCCAAUACCCCACUUGAAUACUACCAAAACUUGCGGUCAAACAGAAUCAGUCAAACAGUAAAAGAUGCCAGCUUGUGUAAUGAAAAUAUCUCCAAAAUGGAAAGAUACUGCAGACUUGACUAUGGAUAUGCCGAAUUGAGAUUUAAAAAGAUUAAAACUGCUCUUGUUAAAUAUGAAAAAGAAUAUUUUGACUGUGGUAACAAUGUGGAUCUUCUUAUAAAUGAUCUAUUGGACAAUUGCCCGGCCCCCAAACGAGUGGGAUUUAGUGGUAGAACAUUGCGCAUUAAACCAAGUCCAACAACCGAGGAUCUAAAACUACAGCAACAUGGACUACAGAUCUUAAGUCUAUAUCGGUGUACUACAUUUGCCAAAGUAUUGAAUUAUAUCUCUUUAAGGUGCGAAAGAUUGAGAGAUAUGACUUUGGAUAAUUUGUGUGUCCUAGGAUUUAGAUGUAAAAAUCCUGGAGAUUUGCUAAUUGGUAUGCCAUAUACUUUCUUAAACACUCUGGGAAUUGGCAUUGUUGAAUACAGUACAUCAUCCAAACAAACAGGUAGAGAUUAUGCUGUCAGCCUGAUACUUCUGCCUCAACUAAACGACCCUCGAUUAUCAGACGAAAAGAACGAAAGAAAGAAAACUGAGAUUGAUCUAAGAUCUCCUUUAUUAGCAAUUCAUCAUAUUUAUUGGCUAUAUACAUAUGAGUACGAACCGGUUGUUUGGAGAGCUGGCCAAGAAACUAUAGUACUUUCAGAGGAAAAAGUCGAUGUCAUACUUAAAUACGAUCAAAGCUUUCAGUCGAAUACAGCCAGUUUGACUUUUAAGGAUGAUAGCUCGUAUAGUGGAUACGAGCGAGAGAACAACUGGACGCACGGGCUUUACAAUGGAUAUGGCGAAUUGAGAUUCGGCAAUAUUAAGGCUGUUCCUGUUAUAUUUUUACCAGAAGAUAUCGAGUGA